AUGGGGCGUGCUGAGCCCGCCUGGAGCAAACUUGAGGUGCGCAGCAAGCAUGUGAUCAUCGGCCAAGCUUGCCAAGCUUCUGUGAUUCUGCUGUCGGCUCAGCCUGCCAGCAUCCAAGAGCUUGAGGCAGAUCGAAUCGGAGGCAUGCCGCUGCUCGCGGGGGCCGCGCUGGUGUCGCUGAUCACGGCGGCGCUGGCCAUGGGCUGUGAGGAGUCCCCGCUCCUCGGGAGGUUUUGCAUUGUCGAGGGGCCCGCCCAGUUGGCAGUGGCUUUUGCUCCGUUGCUGCUCGCAUUGAUUGGCCUGGCCUACUGGCUGCGGCAGAGACGGAUGAGGCAGCAGCAUGCAGCUGAGAGAAGCUGGCGCCAGGAUGCGGAGGCGCAACGAAGCGCUGCUGAGCUCUUGGAUGCGUUGCUGGACUCACCGCCGGCAGAGAUUUCCAAGUACUCCCAGCAAGUCCUGCAGAUCAUCCAAGACUUCCCCGAGAAGGCGGUGAUUCAGCACAAGGGCUGGUUGGCCGUGGAGGCCGUGUGCCGCGCACAGAAGGGCAACGCAGCGCAGAUGCAGGCGGCUGGCGCUGUGCCGAUUUUGCUGCAGGCGCUGGAGGAGCACCGGCGCGUGCGGCAAGUGCAGCGAGCAGCGCUGGACGCCCUGUCCUGCAUGGCCAAGGUGGCAAGGCAGCAGAUCUUUGAUCUGGGGGGCAUCCCCAGUGUGCUGGCGGCCAUGACAAAGUUCCGGCGCGACCCAGACGUCCAGGUGUCCGGUGCUUUGGUGCUGGGCGGUCUCUGCAUGAACUCCGACAGUUGCCGGCACUCCGUGGUCAAGUACGGCGGAGUGAACGUGUUGACCGCAGCACUGGAUCGCCACGAGCAGCGGCCAGACGUGCUCAUUGCAGCUGCCGAAACCCUGGCGCUGUUGGCUUCUGGUCGGCACGCAGACAUCCUGCAGCGCAUGAUGCCAUCCCUGCCAAUGGUGCAGGCCAUGGUGAUCAAGCACUCCGAGGCUGAAGGCAGCGAAGCUAAGGUGGUUCUGCGGUCCUUGCAGAAGCUGGAAGCUCAGCUCCUGGGCAGCACGAAGAAGGAGGACGACGAGUGGUCAGAUGCAGGCACCCCUCGGCAGAACGCGCAGAAGGCGGUGGUGCGGAGCGCCCAAGACGAGGUGAAGCAGGUGGCAGAGCUGCACGACCGCUUCAAGCGCUGGAAUGACCGGCGCAAGUAA